AUGGAAGAAUCUAAUUCUAAUCUGCAAGACGAUCGCGGUGUUUCUGUUUCAAGUUCCAACCCUUCUGCUAGAGUACAAUUACCAAUCGAGCUGAUUAGCAACAUCUGGCGCCAUUUAAGCUUGCAAGAUCGUGUCAAGAUUCAACAAGUUUCAAAGCUAUGGCGUGAAUAUAGUUGUGAUACUAUAGAUCUCUGGAAAGAUGCAUUGUAUCUGAGAGAUGAUCUCACCAAGGCAGAUAUUUGCAAAGAUAUUCGAGCCUUAUCACAUGUAGGGAGAUGGACGGGAAUGAAAUUUUGCAGUCUGACCAUUUCUCUUCAGUAUUCAACAUUUGGACAAAUUAAAGCUUCAAGAACAUUUUUUAACUUGCUACCUGCUAUGGAUGUCAAAAAUUUGAUAAUCACUUCAAAAGCUACGCAAAUCUUUGCUACAAGAGGAUCGGGGAAAAAAGGUUCAUUAGAGUUAUCUGUUCUUGUACACCAUUUGAGGUCGUUGCAAGGUCCAACUGUCAUUGAUGACACUUUCAAAGCUUGGGGAUCUGCUAUGAAAGAUCUCGAGCUUACAAACAAGACGAUAUGGAAUCUGGCGUAUUUCAAUGCUAUCUCAAAUUGCUCAAAAUUACGCUGUUUGAUAUUGCAAUUCGACUGCAAGAUUUUAUUUCACUUUUCGAAAGACAUGCCUAUCAGUCAAUGCAAGUUAGACAUCCUGAGCAUCCGCAACAACGAAGAUGAUUCUUUUCCUAUCUCAAGGCAUGAGCAGUCUGAAGCAGUGUGUGAUAUGGUUAGAGAAGCUCGCGUGAUCGAUUUGAUCGAUUAUCCUUCCUUACGUUGCGACAGUAUGCUACAAAAGCUUCUAUCUGCAGCAUCCAAAACUAUUGAGUAUCUCACCAUCAGCAUCUCUGCACUAGCUUCAACAACACCAAGUGUACCCACCAUCAACUUCUCUUAUCAAUCUUCAGCUACAACAAGCGUACCGGAAACGCUUGUCAUCGAUCUACCGAAGCUCAAGCAUCUGUGGCUUUCCAGCAAAUGUGUAGAACCUACCAUAGAGCUCAAUUGCCCAAAUCUCGAAUCUUUAAGGGUGAGCCGUAUGGAGGUUUUCAAAUACUUUACAAGGAUCCCUUCGAUUAGGAUGCUCUUUAUCGGACGUACACAAAGUUCAUUGAACGACUUUGAUUGGAAUGUUCUCAGUCAAAUCGGAGGUGAUCGACUGCAUACUCUAUAUUUGUAUAGCGACUGUAUGCCUGCAUUAGACUUCUUCAAACUUUUUCAAGCCGAGAUGUUUCCGCAUUUACGGAAAAUUGUCGUUUUGGCCUCAAGUGAAAAAAGUUCAAGGAUCAAGAUCGAAUCAUUCUAUGAUUUAACACCAAAGCAGCUUCUUCGAUCUCGUAGGGUUGAUUCACUCAUCUGGCAAUUCGCAAGCGAUGACGUUUUUCCUGGCUUUUCAACUCAAGAUUUUGUGAGAGAGCACUUUGCAGAAUACUUUAAUUGUCUUAGAUCAGAUGAUUCAAUCAAGUAUUCGGCUAGAAUUAUGGGAGAUUUUGUACAGAUGAGAACAGAAUUCGACAAGAUGAAACACUUUCAAGAAUUUCUCCAAAGAAGCUAA